UCUCUCUCUCUAUUUAUCUAUAAUUAUAUAUACACAUGUUAUGUAUAUAUCUAGUUUUAAAGAUUCUCUCUCCCUCUCCCGCCGUGCACAACUUCGCUUCUCCUCCCACCUCCAUUUCUUCCCAAUUCAAGAUCCCCCUUUCGUUGACUCUACCUCAUUCAUUCCUUCUCAAUAGAUAAAUUCAGCUAAGUCGUACAAAUAUGCCUACGCAGGGCACCAUGUCGGCGUGUCACCGCCGGGUAACGGCGAGAACCGCCGCGCCACCGGCGGCGAUUCAGGCCCAGCUCCGGGCGGCAGCCGUAAGAGCCUGGCCGCUUCCUCGGGCCGGUGCGGAUCGAGGGGGGAGGCUCGCCCUGCGGUCGCCGCCGCAGCUGCGGUGGGUCGAGGCGGUUCGGAGGGGCGGCGGCGGAGGGGAGGAGAAGAUCAGGCGGUGUUGCUCAUUGUGCGACGUGGGAGGUGAGAGGGAGGUGGGAGAUUUGGUGGGGAAGGUUGUCGGUGGGGAUCGGACGGCGGAAGUGUUGGUUGCAGCGGGGGUGACGGUGUUGCUAGGAGUAGGGAAUCGAGUGCUCUAUAAACUGGCGUUGGUGCCGCUCAGGCACUACCCGUUCUUCCUAGCUCAGCUCGCUACUUUCGGAUAUGUAGUUGUAUACUUCUCAAUCUUGUAUAUCCGCUAUCAUGCUGGCAUUGUUACUGAUGAAAUGCUUUCCUUGCCAAAAGCUCCAUAUCUUGCUGUUGGUCUCUUGGAGGCUCUUGGUGCUGCUUCUGGAAUGGCAGCUGCAGCUAUCCUUUCUGGGGCAGCAAUACCCAUUCUUUCUCAGAGCUUUCUAGUUUGGCAACUUAUCCUGUCCUAUAUAUUUCUUGGGAGGAGAUACAGAUUUAAUCAGUUACUUGGGUGCCUUCUGGUGGCUGUUGGUGUAAUUGUAACAGUAGCUAGUGGAUCUAGUUCUGGUUCCUUGAUGGAAGCCGGUAUGUUCUGGAGUCUGUUGAUGAUAGUUUCUUUUUUGUUUCAAGCUGCUGACACAGUAUUAAAGGAAAUAAUUUUCUUGAAUGCUGCUAAGCAAUUGAAGGGACGUUCGGUAGAUCUGUUUGUUGUAAAUUCCUUUGGUUCUGCUUUCCAGGCACUUUUCAUAUGCCUCCUCCUACCUUUUUUGUCCAAGUUAUGGGGUAUCCCAUUUUAUCAACUGCCGAACUAUCUGAAAGAUGGUGCAGCCUGUUUUCUGAACUAUGGCACUGUCUCAAGUGGAUGUGAUGGCGCACCUUUGCUACCUUUGUUGUUUGUUAUUGUGAACAUGGGUUUCAACAUAUCAUUGCUGCAUUUGCUGAAGAUAUCUUCUGCUGUAGUAUCUUGUCUUGCAUCCACAGUUUCAGUGCCAAUAUCAGUGUUCCUGUUUACAUUGCCACUGCCCUACCUCGGUGUGGCAUCUUCCCUACCUCCGGGCUUUGUUUCAGGCGCCGUGGUUCUCCUUUUGGGGAUGCUUCUUUAUGCUUCAACACCGUUGUUUGGUCCCUCUGUUGCCCUGCAGCCGUCAUCAGUCGACUAAACCAUCGAUCACUAUCGUGAUCUCCAUCACACGGUCCAUGCGUUACGACACUUCUCCACCGGAAUGUUGUUGUAGUUGUUGUUGCAGUAGCUUUCUUUGCUAAAAUAAUUUUUUAAAAAAUGGCCCAAAUGGGCGUUACAACACUUCUCUACCGGAAUGAUGUUGUAGUUGUUGCAGUAGCUUUCAUUGCUAAAAUAAUUUUAAAAUGGCCCAAAUGGGCGUUUGUUUUUUUAAAUAAAAUGGCUCGGAUGCAUCAAUGAUCUUUUGCGAGCAAUUCAAUAAAAGGCUAUACAGCCAUACAAUGAGGGGCACAAGGAAAUGUAUUCAUGUGUUGUUUCUCUUA